AUGUCUACUCCGCCGAUCGAUGAUGGCGAUGAUACCGUUGCAGAUGAGGAUAUGUUUGCAACUGAGAAUGCUUCGCAAAUCAGCAUCAUCAACAGUGAGGUGCUGGCGACCCAUAUUUUGCAGUUUGCCGAUGAAGUAAACGAUGACAAUUUCACGAUACCCGCCUUAUCGCAGGAAACAAUACCCGAACUGAAAUUUUCCUUGCCGAGCUCACUGAAUCCGGCCGGCAAAUAUCCGUCGUCCGAAGAUUUCUGUCACGAUGACGUAGCGUGCACGGUGCUCCCAUCUAGCACACAAGGCAGCGGCUUCAUUUAUUCCGACCAGCUCCAGAAGCUGUUCCUCAAAACGGAGAGCACCUGUUCGUUUGACGUAAAGUGUGAGCUGUCCGGUUUGUUUUCGGCCCAGGGAUGGUACGUACGGGUAAUGUUGGUAUCGCUCGCACCGGAGUCACAGCACGAACCGAUCGUACGAUGUCACAACCAUCUUGCCAAAGAUACUGCACCGGAACACGUCAAGAAGCACGUGGUGAGGUGUAGAAACGUACGGCACGAGUAUGUAGGUACCGGGAACGGUCCGUUCUUUGAGGAUCGUUGUGCGGUUCGUGUGCCACUCGAUCCGGAGGAGCUGUGCGUGAAUAUAAUGCUUCAGUUCAUGUGCCAGAACACGUGCUUUCGUGCUAACCAACGGCGUACCGGGUUGGUAUUUACGCUAGAAAACGACCAAGGACACAUAUGGGCGAGGCGUAUGGUGCAAGUUAAAAUCUGCAUCAACUAUCGACGGGAUAUGCAGAACGAGGAGAAUCCCAACAGAGCCCAUCCCACGACCUCGUCGUCCAUUGCUGGAUCGAGCCGUAACGGUUCCGGGCAACGGUAUAAAGCCAGAAAUCAACGGCGCCGACCGCAGACGAGCACCGGACGGGUGGCUCAACCAGUCAUGCGAACAGAUUCAUUCCAUUCACCACCGAACCUGGAACCGUGCCUGGUGGACAUCGAAAUGCCCAACAUGCGCAUGGCCAAACGGCUGAUGGACAUUGCAAUCGGGAUGAUUUCGACGCACGUUUUACGCGCGGAGGAUCCGGAAACGAAAGCUCAGCUAAUGCAGCACAUUGCCAACAUUCGGAACAAACGUGAUAUGUUGGUAGUGUGCAAUAGCCAAUGUAGCGUUGAUAGUGACUUGCUUUAG